AUGAAUUACACCACGAAGGUGGUCCAGGUGACGAACGUCUCUCCGAGCACAACAUCGGAGCAGAUGAGAACACUGUUCGGGUUUCUUGGAACCAUCGAGGAGCUGAAGUUGUUUCCACCAGAUGAUUCUCCGAUGCCAGUGACAUCACGGGUGUGCUUUGUGAAGUUCCAGGAGCCAGAGUCUGUUGGAGUGUCUCAACAUCUGACUAAUACCGUGUUUGUGGACAGAGCGUUGAUAGUGGUACCCUUUGCUGAAGGAUCUAUUCCAGAUGAGGCUAAAGCUUUGUCACUGUUGGCGCCAGCAAAUGCUGUUGCAGGAAUUCUGCCAGGAGGAGGACUUCUUCCAACGCCCAAUCCCAUGCCCAAUCCACCUAUGGGAGGGAACCCUUUCGGUGCUCCGAACAUGGACGCAAUGGCGGCAUUUGGAUUCCCAGGACCCAAUAUGAAUCCCCAGGCUGCUGAUCAGCUGUUAAAGUUCAUGACAGAUCCUAAACUGAAUCCGUUGGCCGCAGGCUUAAACCUGAGUGCAAGCCUGAAGGCAGAUGCAUCGAAUAAAGAAAUCGAAGAGGCCAUGAAGAGAGUCAGAGAGGCCCAGUCGCUUAUUUCUGCGGCCAUUGAACCUGGAAAUAAGGAGAGCAAAAAGAAGCGCACUCGAUCCCGGACAAGGUCCAGGUCAAGAAGGAGGAGGUCAAGAUCACGUUCAAGACACAGGCGAUCCAGGAGCAGAUCCCGACGACGGUCAAACUCCAGAAACAGGAGGCGCUCCAAAAGCCCACGCAGAAAACGCACCCACUCGAGAGACCGAGGCAGGCGAUCUCCCAGCAGAUCCAGAGACAGAAAGAAGGAUGAUUCAGGGAGGAGAAGAUCCAAAACACCACCGAAAAGCUACAGCACAGCCAGAAGGUCACGCAGUGUGAGCAGGAGACGCAGGAGAAGUCGAAGCGGCAGCCGAUCCCCUAAAGUGUCUCCUAAAAGGAGAAUCUCCAGGUCUCCGUCUCCUAGAAGACACAAGAAGGAAAAGAAAAGGGAUAAGGAGAGGGAGCGCAACAGUGAUAAAGAUCGAAGUCGUGAGGAACCUGAACGCUCUUCUAGCAAGAAAAAGAAAAGCAAAGACAAAGAAAGGGAGCGGGAGAGGAAAUCAGAUGGAGAGAAGGGAGACGUCAAGGUUGGUAAAAUCACCAGGGAUUAUGAUGAAGAAGAACAAGGCUACGACAGUGAGAAGGAGCGUGAGGACAGGAAGGAUUCUGACGACUCUGCUCUGUCUCCUCAGUCAGUAGAAGGUAACGGUACAGCGCGGCUUGUGAAGGCUAAAGUUAAUGGCGCUGACGAUCGCCAUGAAGAGGACAUGGACGUUAGUGAUUAAGCGGUCCGUCCUGGUUUGUCCAACAUUAUCCCUUUUUGUUUUGUUGUGAACGUGUUACGACUUUUUUUUUGCCCACUGGGGUAAAUCUACAAUGUGAAUUGAGCGUGAAAUGUAUUGAUUUUUCGUACAGAAGAGUCGUCUACUUUUUUUUUUGCAAAUGCAGAAUUGUUAGUUUGCCCAAAGACACUGUCACGUUGCUUUAAAAUACCCAAAUGCUUUUUUCCUCUACUAACGUAAUCGGUUAAAACUGGAAGUAGGCUUUGUUUUUCUUGAGCUUGUGUUGUCAGGUGUUGUCACUUUCUCGCUUAUUGAAUCUUUACAUUAUUGUUUAUUGUUGUGGUGUGUUGCUCAGGCCUCUUUACGACAUUUUCGACACAUUUUUGCUUCUUGUCUUCUGAAAGUGUUGUUUUAUCAAUGAUUUCUUUUAUAAUAAAGCCUAGUUGAAGGACAAAGUC